GCCGAGAGGAUCCCAAACCCUCUUUGGCGAAGGGGAGAAGCAGCCAGUGGCCGCUAAAAACACUAACGCGAUUUCUAAAUGAAGGCGAACCAGUCAGGUGUGAGGCCGUUCGGCCAGACUACCCUUCUAACCUCUUUCGUCUCCACAUCAAGGCAUCCCAAUGAAGACGCACAGUCGAAGACGUCGAAGCAAUCGGUGUCGCUAUCCGAGUUCUUGAAUCGAAAGAUCGUAAAAACUACCAGCAGAUCGAUUAAGGUGAAGCAGAGCACCUUUGCAACGAUUGGGUCUGGCAACAAGGAUUUGGGGCGUAAAAGAGAUGAUGAGGCUGGUGAGGGUUUGGUUCUUGAUCAAGCUCGUUUCUGGCGAUUCAAUCGGCCAGCAAAAGAUGAAUGCGGCAUGGGAACAAGCGGGGUUGGGGGAGUUGCAGGAUUUGAGUCGGAAUCUGCAGGAGUUAACCGGGAUUCAAGGAAAAGAAAGGACCCAUGUGGAGUUCGUUCGGCUGAUGAUGAGAGGGAUUCUACCCCUAAGUAUUUAGUCAUUCUUGGAGAUGAUCCAAAGCCCCGACCAAAGAAAAGAGAGAAGAGGUUCAUAAACAACGAAGCCAAACCCUUUUAUAAUCACUAUGCAAACGGAUGUGGAUGGUGGGAAGGUGACAAGGAAGGAGUAGAUAGCGAAGAGGUUGGCUGCAAUGAAGUAUGGGAAGGAAUGGGAUCUACUACCUUGGGGGGCCUGCAAUGGCAUUAACUGAAUUGGAAGCCAUGCUCAAAGCUACUUCAUACAAGUCACCUUGUUUUUCCGAAUUAGAAAUUUUAUUCUAUAAAUAUCUUACCUGCUGUCACAGGAGUAUUUUGUAUUUUGGCGAGGUUGCAUCUUUUCUAUCAACAUCAUACUUCAUUCUAGGAAUGUUGAUAUUGAAAGAAUAUAUUAAUGUUGCUAUCUAUAGAGCUAUUUUGCAUUUAGAUUAGCAUUGGCUAUAAAGUUAAUAUGAACUUUUCCAUCUCAAUAUAUUUAUUUUGGUGA